GUGUCAUCCCCAGGCAGGUCACAGCAUCAUUCCUCACACCAACGACCAAAUUUGUUUAUCUCAGUUAAUAUUAUCACAGGGUCUCCAUGUUACUGCUAAGAGUGAUCCCGGUGGUGGUGGCGGUGGCAGUGCUGGUGCUGGGGGAGGAGGAUGGUCUCUCCAUUACUCAGUACAUUGGAGAUGAAGAAAAUAUUAGCCCCCGCGGUGACCUUGCUGACCUCAGUGACCUUGAACCCUUGAAGAGGAGGCGUAGAUCACCAAUCUUUGGGUUAUUUCGUAGGGGUCGAAGCAGGAGUAAAGGCAAGGGGAAGCCAAGUACGUCCUAUGGAGCGCCCCCUAAAGCUGCUCCAAGUACCUCCUAUGGAGCGCCCCCUAAAGCUGCCCCAAGUACGUCCUAUGGAGCACCCCCUAAAGCUCCCCCAAGUACGUCCUAUGGAGCGCCCCCUAAAGCUGCCCCAAGUACGUCCUAUGGAGCGCCCCCUAAAGCUGCCCCAAGUACCUCCUAUGGAGCACCCCCUAAAGCUGCCCCAAGUACCUCCUAUGGAGCGCCCCCUAAAGCUGCCCCAAGUACGUCCUAUGGAGCACCCCCUAAAGCUGCCCCAAGUACAUCCUAUGGAGCGCCCCCUAAAGCUGCCCCAAGUACGUCCUAUGGAGCGCCCCCUAAAGCUGCCCCAAGUACAUCCUAUGGAGCACCUCCUGCAUCAGCCCCUAGCCCAUCCUAUGGAGCACCUCCUGCAUCAGCCCCUAGCCCAUCCUAUGGAGCUCCACCUGCAGCCCCUAGCUCAUCCUAUGGUUAACAAGUACUUCCUAUUUUGCCUCAUGUUUAAUAUUAUAAUGUUUCAUGUUCGUACACCUAGAGUAGAGAGGAACUAACACUUCUUCGUAAACUCAAUCAUAACUAUGACUCCCUCUUGCGGCUGCAAUUCAACUGUGGUCUAAAAUCAUCAAAAACUGAAAACACUGACAAAAAUAGCAAAACAUCCUGUGGUCGGAAUAAAGAUUUGAUUGGAGACAAAGGCUGAUGAAGCAAAGUCAAGAGGAAUAAAAAACAAGGAAGUGGUAAGUAGUAAAGAUAAUAGAUGAGAACCCAGCUGCCUACCUUCAGGGACCUCUUGAUGAGUAGGUGAAGCAGUGUUGAUGUGGUGGUUUUCUGUGACAAGUAGAGAUUGAGGCGACUUCAGCAGUGUUGAAUGAAGAAACUACAGUUGAUUUAGAAGCUAAACAGUAAAUGUAAAUAAAUGAAAAAUCAGUUCAAAGGAAAUUGUUGGAGAGAGAAAAUAGAAUGCUAUUUUGUUUUGUUUAUAAUUUCAACUUCUUAAAGUACAUUAAAAAUAAAUUCAUAGACAUUUCUCAUCCACGUUUAGUGUUCUGUUUAUUGUUUGAAUGGGUUAGUUUAUAUUUUAUUAAUUUUCCAACAUAUUAUUCAAUGUGUCUUACUGUUGGUAGCUCUGACUGUUUACCAAGGGAAGUGAUUGUGAAUUGAACACACUUUGCACAUUGUUAACACUAAUUAUUUUCAAAUCUAUACUGUUAUGUAUUAUAUUUUCUAUGUAUACAAUGCAGGAUACACAUGUACUGUACAACUGUCCUGUGCAGAUGCAGAAAUAUUCAGAUUUAAAAGGAAAAAUAUAUAUACGAUUGUU